CGUUGUCACGAAAACAAAAAUCUAUGCUUUUUCAUAUUUUUCAAUAUUUUCACACUUUCAAAGAAUAUAUUAGCUUAGUCACUUACUUAUUUUUUUUUACAAAACAAAGUAUCGGAGUCUUGAAAGUUGAAUUCAUAUUAUUGUAAUUGUACAUAAAAGUUUGUGAUUACAUACUUAGUGAUUCUUGUAUAUGUGUUCAAGAAAGUUUCAAUGGCUUAGUAGUAACUGCCCUAUAUUAAUAUCAUAAUAACCCGGGUUCGAUCCUUUCCUUUGCAUUGUUUUUUUAUUUUUUACGAAAAAUAAAUGAAAUGACGUGGCAAUUUCGGACUCUCUGAUUGGUUGAUUUUUCUAUCCUACGUGGACACCCUCUCCAUGGCUUAUAUUUGCCUUUUAGUAUAGUAUAGAUUUUCGAAAAAUGUUUCUCUUCUAAUAUAUAUAUAUAAGGGAUGUGAUCGAGAAAUUACCUAACUAAGACACCAUUUUGUUUGAAUUUGAAAAUUCAAACCAUGAAAUCAACUAAUUCCAUACAAAAUAGUUUGACUGUUGACAAAAAUAAAAGUUUGGUUUAAGUAUUAAUUUUGGGAUAAGUAGUAUAUGCAUUACCUUAUAAUACCCUAUAAUAUUUCUUAGAUGAUCAUGUGUAUUAGUCUUCUCAAACAACAUAUAUCAAUCAACGGUUUAUAUAAAUAAUUACAUGUCUAGUUCACUAUAACUUUUUGACCCAUAUGUCUCGAUCAUCAGUACAUGUUUCAUAUGCAGCAGUACCAAUGGUUAUUAUCAUGACGGUUUUAUGUUUGUUUCUAGCAAAUAAUGUGACCCAUGCCCGAAGGCAAGCCACUUACUAUGUUGGAGGCGUGUAUGGUUGGGACACGAUUAUUCCAAUGGACACUUGGGCACGAGGCAAAAUCUUUUAUGCUGGUGAUAUUCUCGAAUUUAAAUACGAUUAUUUGACAAGCAAUGUGAUGGUGGUAAAUCGUACUGGCUAUGAAACGUGUAUAGCAAACGAGGGUGCGAAAGAGUACACAUCCGGCGACGAUAGGAUCAGCCUUCCAUAUGGUCUUAGCUACUACAUCGGGACAUAUGAUGAUGCUGAUUGCUCAGCUGGUUUAAAGAUGGCCAUAAGAGCAAUUAGUUGAAAUAAGUAAUUAGUUCAUAGUGAAAUUAUUAAUGCAUGUUUUUUUGUAAGUAAAUUCACUCAAACUCUCAUAUCAAUAAAAAAAAUUCUAUCAUAGCUUUAUCAUGUUUUAUGUCAUUUCGUUCUUUGUUAUUCUCCAAACAUUAUUCAAGAAUUUAUUUCCUCAGAUUUGUUAAUGUGCGAUCGUGACAUUCAUUUCCUACAAAAUAAAAAAUGGCUUUUGAAAAUAAUGACAUAAAAUCAAAUUAACUGUGUCAUGAAAAUUUUAUAUAGAUUUAUAUUUUAGCGAGAUUCUAAAUAUGGAACAACUCACAUAUAUAUUAUGCAAAUUUAAAAUAAUUGUAUAAUCACUAUAUAAAUAAAUUGAGAAGUAUUUUCUCAAAUUUAUAUGGACAAUCUCUAAAUAUUUAUAUUGACGCUAAUGGUCAGUUUAUGAGUGAAUGUAAAAUUAUAUUCAUCAAAAUCAGUUAGUACAUCUAGUGCAUACCUGUUUUUGUGUUGCAUCACUUUACAAACGAGAUAGUAUAGAUUUAGCAUAUACUAGCGAACCAACACAAGAGGAGGGAACCAUAUCUCUUGUUGUCUGAUUUCGUCAGCAAACUUAGCCAAUUCGUAAUGUUUUUAUCAAUGAUUUUCCCAAGAUUUUGUGGUUGAGUCGGAUAUUCACCAUGCUGCCGCUGAUUCUUCUCCCUCCAGAGUUAGUGUAUUGCAAUUUGUAGAGCAGAUCUGACUCAGAAUCUCGAGUGGACAUUGAUUGUGUUGUCUGAGAUGAUCUCUACUAUGUCUGGCCAGCAAGAUGAGUGUUUCAUUUAGGCCAUUGCAAUUUGUAGAGCAGAUCUGACUCAGAAUCUCGAGUGGACAUUGAUUGUGUUGUCUGAGAUGAUCUCUACUAUGUCUGGCCAGCAAGAUGAGUGUUUCAUUUAGGCCAUUGACAUUCUUGGAAACACCUGAAAUAGGAUCAUGUCAUCGUUCUACAUCAUCUCUACACGAGAGGCCCAGACGAGUUAGAGUCACAAAUGCAGAAGAACAGACUGAGUCCUAAGCAGCACUCACUGUGGCUUGAUAAC